AUGAACGACUUGUUAUCGAGUUUGUUCUCAAAGGGAAAACAGCAGCAACAACAAGAGCAGCACGUGAUCGAAAUAACACAAGGUGGCAUGGACUUGGACAAGUUCUUCCUAGAAGUGGAAUCGGUGAAGGAAGAACUGAAGGAAAUAGAGCGUCUCCACCUAAGUCUCCGUGCCUCAAAUCAAAAUGGAAAAGCGCUUCACAGCCCGAAGGGCGUUAGGGAGCUUCGGUCUCGCAUGGACCUGGACGUGGCUCUUGCUCUCACCAAAGCCAAGCUAGUGAAGACUCACUUGGAGGCUCUCCACCGCGCCAACCAAGCCACCCUCUCCUUGCCCGAUUGCGGACCCGGUUCGUACUCCGACCGGACCCGAACCGCAUUGGUCGGAGCCUUGUUCAAGAACCUGAAACAGUCCAUGGAGAGUUUCAAUAAGCUGAGAGAGCAGAUAUCGUACGAGUACAGAGACACCUUGCAACGUAGAUACUACGCUGUCACCGGAGAGAACCCUGAUCAAGAAACCAUUGACCUCCUCAUCUCUACGGGUGAGAGUGAAACUUUCUUACAGAAAGCCAUCAAAGAGCAAGGGAGAGCCACCAUCAUGGACACUAUCCAAGAGAUUCAGGAGAGGCACGGUACGGUAAAAGAGAUAGAGAGAAGUCUACACGAGCUGCAUCAAGUGUUCUUGGACAUGGCAGUGUUGAUCCAACACCAGGGUGAACACUUGGAUGACAUAGAGAGCCACGUGGCGCUUGCAAAUUCCACCGUGAGCAAAGGGGUGCGUCAUUUGCAGGUUGUGAAGAAUCAUCAGAAGAACACCCGUAACUUGACCUGUUUUGCCAUACUCCUCUUCAUUAUCGUGUUGGUCAUAGUUCUCCCUAUUAUUUUCAGAAACUGA